ACCUCACAAAGUCUACAAGAAACCAAGAAGUCUUUUUCUAUUUCUUUAUGCAAAGUACAUAUAUUCUAGACGGCUGAAUUUUCUAUAACUUCUUAUUCAUUCUUGGUAUAACAUCUUGAAAAAAUAGCACCUCAUAACAUCUUUCUCCAUUCCCAAGUCAUGAAUUCACUCUUCUUUCUCACCCUCUUCUUGGCUUUCAUCUUCCAAACCUCUGUUAACUGCAAUGAUAUUCCUGGUCCUAGCAUUCACUAUCCAUUUCACAUAAAGGGUCAACAGCAACAACAACAAGAGUAUGAUACCACCCUUUCUGGUUUUGAGCUUCUUCACAAAGACAACAUCACCACCAUUCAUUUUCCAUCAUAUGGUGAUUUGGUAGUCAAGUCCAUUUCCUAUGACACCAAAAAGAUUGAUCUUCUUGAUCCCAAAAACUGUGUCCACAGAGUCUUUCUCAACCUUAACCUCACCCUCACACCGUUCCAAUACUACUACGUUCUUAAAAACUUCACAUACCUCAAUUGCUCCACAAGACUUUCACAAACAAAAUUCAUUGAAGUUCCAUGUUUAAGUGAUUCAAGUUAUCAUGUUUACACAGUUGACCCUGAACUUCCUAUGCCUAGUUCAUGUAAAAAAGUCAAAACCAUUGCUAUUCCUUUCAAAUAUAGCCCUUAUAUUUCAGACAACAGUCUUGGUCUUAGAUUAACAUGGGACUUGCGUGAAUCUGAAGAAAGCAAAGAAUGGAACAAGACUAGAGAUUCUCACAUAGCACGCUAUACAGUUCUUGGUGUCGGCAUCUGUAUUUUCGUGGUGGCAACACUUGUAGGCAUAAAGGUUCAUUUAUCAAGGAGGAAUUUCCAUAAGAAAGAAGGACCUUUGUUGCAUAGCGUGGCAGAUGUCUAGGACACAGUAAAGGACAUCAAAAUAUAGAAGUGUUUUCAGAUACAAAAUCUUCUUCAUUAUCAAAUUUGGUAUUUUACAAUUUUUGUAUAGUAUAUGUUGUAGGAUAUGAUGUGUAACGACCCUCAACGCUUGAAGCGAUGUUAGAGGAUGUAAGAAUGAUUAGCAAAGAAUAGUUGAAUGUACUUCAAAUGAACUAGUUUUUUUUACGAUACUCCAUAUAUUUGCAUAUACGAGAUAGUAUAAGCAAUUACAAUCCAUUUAUUUUCUUUGAACAA